AUGAACAUUCCUCCUCAGCUGGAGUCACUGUGGAGUGUGCUCGCCUCUUCUGGAGUAAACAUUAACACGACGCACAAGUCUCAUAUACGUUGCUGGUCGAGCUAUCGCAAUAUCGCUGGUCCAAUACACCUUUAUGCCGUGAAUUGUGUCUCGCUACACAUCGUUGACGUCCUAGCAUUCCUCACAGAUGCACGCGGAAUAUUUACUCGAUCCGCCCUGAAUCAGUUGUUGUACACAGGGAGUAACAGGCUUGAAGCGACAGUCAUCACUCUCGGAGCUCGUGGGUCAGACAUGCACAUCCGAUCCGUUAUUUCACUUCCUGACGGGACCCGCCUUGCCUCCACCUCUGAGGAUGGAACUUUCCGAACCAGGGAUGCUGAACGUGGACAAGUCAUUUCAGACCCAUUUGAAGGGUAUGGUGUCACUUCUGGGCCGGCUAACAGGACCGCUAUGGCCUUGGAGCUUAAAAGCGGACAUACCAUUUCCAUGUAUUUUGUUGGGCAUGAAAGCAAAGUGAAUCCUGUUGCUUUCUCACCCGAUGUAGUGUGGAUAGUUUCUGGCCCUGACGACUACGGUCAUGCAACUCACGUCUGGCCGAUCGCAUUCUGUUGUGAUAUUACACGUCUAGUUUCAGGCUCGAAAGACCAAGCGAUCCGAAUCUGGGAUACUCAAAGUGGGCAAUGUGUUUCUCAACCUCUCGAAGGACUUACGGAUGAUGUGACUUCCGUCGCCUUCUCGCGAGACGGGAAACACAUCGUCUCUGGUCCUGAUGACAGAUCUGUUCGAAUCUGGCAUGUCAAAGCUGGGCUUCGCCGACCGUACAACCGAAUUUGGGACGGCGAAAAUGAAAAGACUGUUUCUGAGCAUAUUGCAACGGGCAUGCGGGCGGGAUAA